CGGGGUUGUUCUUCGGAGCCUCAUCGCGGAAACCUUUGUCGGGCAUCGCGGCCAUUCGACAUCUCGUAGGUUCUCACCUUGGGCCACAAUGUCUUUAUUUGCCUCAAACGUGAUAACGGGCGACAUAAGGAGGUCAUCGGAUGACCUUUGGAAGGCAGCUGUCGGGACCUUGAGUGAAGACAUGCGAAGUAUUAUAGACGUCAACCGAGGCGACAAGCGAGCCGUCCUCGAAACGGUGCUUUUCGAGGCGAAGAGACAGAGACAGCUGUGCUUGCGCAAACAAUGGAAAAUCACCAAACGAAACGGGGACGUCCUCAUUCUGCGAGACGUGUUUGAGAAGAUCAUAACCUGGGUUGAUAAGUUCAAGAAGGUUGGCGAUGUGGCUAUUCAGGCUGCUCCAAGCUAUGCUGCCAUUCCUUGGCAAGUGGUCGGGUUCUUACUCAAGGUCUCCAUUGACAACAAUGAAAUAUUCGCCGCUAUGAUCGAUGGUCUGCAGACGGUAACCAAUAUCAUCGCUCGGAAUGCCAUCUUCGAGGACGUGUAUUUCCAGCAGGAAACGUCUGCCUCCCACCAUCUAACAUCGUCGCUGAUUGCACUCUACGCAUCCGUUCUCAAAUUUCUGGGCGCUACACAACGAUACUUCAGCGGAAAUACCGCUGUACGCGUCAUCAGAUCCGUCUUUCAGUUGUCUGUUUCCGAUUUGGAAGACGCUGUCGAAGAAAUCGAGACCAAGCAGCGAGAGGUCGAUCGGACAGCGCAGAUCGCCGGAAUGGAAAUCCUCUAUAACACUUCCACCGGCGUACACCAACUGACAGUCAGCACUGGAUCCCUCACUUCCCAAUUGGAGGCCCUCAGCUCCCAACUUGUUGGAGUUCAACCGGAACAAGACCUUGCCGCUGGAUCUGCCACAAUGAGGCAAGCUAUUGCAGCCAUUAUGGGGCCCACACAGAGGAUCCUCGAGGUGCUGAAUCGUUGGGACGACUCGCUCGAGAUCAAGGCCAGGGAAGACGCAUUCGAGUGGCUUUCCCCGAUCAAGUACAAGAUGCACCACCGGACUGAGAGGAAGGACCGUCUCAGCCAUUCGGGCGAAUGGAUGUUUCAAAGCGAAGAAUACCGCAACUGGCAAAGCUCAAGUAUCUCUGCGACAUUGUGGCUGCAUGGGAUGCCUGGCUGUGGGAAGACUAAACUGGCUUCCGCAGUCAUAGACUACGAGCUUGAGAAGCAAGCCCUCGACCGCUCCCAAUCCAUCGAGCCCGCACCUUUUGCGUAUUUCUACUGUUCUCGAAACAAGGCCGAACGGGAAAGGGCAGAUCCCCACAAGAUACUGCGCUGCAUAGCUCGCCAACUCUGUGAAGACGAUACAUCUCUUCCCCUGGCUGAUCAUUUUCGCAACUUCUAUGAGGCAAUGGGCAGCCCCAAGUCGGGCGAGGAUGAGCCCCCAUCGGAUCAGGUACUGGACCUGAUUCUGCGCAUGCUGUCCGAAAAUCCAGCAACAAUUGUCAUCGACGCACUGGAUGAGUGUGACCCUAUUACUCGCUACCAGCUUUUCGAAAGCCUGGAUAGAAUCGUCAAGACAUCCGCAAACGUCGUGAAAGUCUUUCUCACCAGCAGGAACGAUGGUGACAUCGUUUGCCGCCUCGAGACAACGCCCAAUAUCUACAUCGAUGCUCAGAAGAACAAGUCGGAUAUUGAGAGAUUCGUAUCCGCCGAGGUUCAGAAGGCGGUGAGCCAGAAACGACUCCUCAAUGGCCACAUCUCGAGCGACCUCCGGCACCAGAUCUGUUCAACAUUGGACCGUGAGGCCCAAGGCAUGUUCCGAUGGGUCAGUUUGCAGAUUCAAAAUCUGUCCGACCCGGGAAGGAUGAAAGUCAAAGAGGACAUCAUUCACGAGCUGUCUCAUCUGCCGAAAACCUUUUCCGAUCUAUACUCGAUCGCAUUCGACCAGAUCACCAAGUUUGGCAACUCAAGCUUCAGGCUAGCACGGGCUUCUUUCCAACUGCUUAUUGCUGCAGUUGUACCUUUGGGAUGGACCAGUCUGCUUUUGCUCCUUUCUGUCCCUGAAAGCGGCAUGGGCCGACCUGUCUCGAAGCAAGAGGUGCUGGAUAUAGCGUCAAACUUCCUAGAAGAUGACAAGGGAACGGAUCGGCCCAGGUUUGUGCAUUCUUCUGCCAGAGAAUACCUUGAAACCCGCUCCGAGUUCCAUCCCGAGAUGGCGAACGUGGAGACUAGCCGGAUCUGUCUGGACAAUAUUCGAUAUUCCUCCUUUCCCAAAGCGUGUCACUAUUCCUUCUUCUACCUUGGAGAUCACCUUUCAGCAACGACUUCAGCCUCGCGACUUGCAGCCCGAGAGGCUCUGGACCGCUUCCUCGUCCAACCUUGCGCCGACGGCGGCAACGCAGAAGACGACCGUGUUCCGUCACUCUUCCGAAGCUGGCGGCGCUACUUCGAACACGUUCCCAGCCGCCGCAGGGGCGGAGACUCUAACUUGUCCUUGGUGGCCAAAACCCCUUCCCUAGCAGUCUGUGCGUGGGGCCUGGAAGAAUAUUUGGACCGGCUACCAGGAUAUGGGGACAUCAUCCAAAGACGAUGGAAGCUAGAACAUUGGGAGAACUGUGUAGUUGGCAUUGAUUCGUGCCAGAACAAGACAAGCCUCGAAAUUGCAAUUCUCUUCGACAGGCCACAGAUCAUCCGGCAGCUCCACUCACUCAAUAUCCUGCAACAAUGCCGAGAUACUUACAAUUUCAGUGGCGACACGCUACUGCACCUGGCUGUGAGAAGAGGGAGUGUAGGAAUGACGGAGGUGCUUUUAGAUUGUGGUGCCAACCCCAAUCUUCUCAACGUCGACGGCGAGCAAGAGGAGAUAUGUCGGUUUGGCACCAUCGCGCCGCUAGCAAUAACGCAUGGUAGCAAGCGCUCCAAAACCUCCAUGGGCUUCCGCGGACCGCGUGGUAUCACCAGCCCAUUCGCCAUCUCCAACACCGGCCUCGCACCAGUGCAUCUUACGGUUGACCGCCGGAAUGGACUCGCCUGCUUGAGAGUUCUGCUCCAGUACGGUGCAGAUCCCAACCUGCGCACCUCAAACGACAAGACGCCCCUGCAGUUGGCACUAGAUGCCGGCCAGUACAGGAAGCCGUUUAUAGAGGCACUUGUCGCGGCGGGUGCCGAUGUGAAUGCCGGGAUCGAAGCUGGGCAAACAGUGUUGCAUCUCGCGGCGGGAAUGGGGCUCAGUGAGACAGUGAUUUCGCUUCUUGCCGCAGGGGCCGAUCCCACGAUCAAGGAUUGGUACCAGCAGACUCCCUACGAUCUGGCCAUGAGGUCCGGACGGAGAGCCACAGCCCAGCUUGUGCAUUGUGGGUCGCAUGUCGGGGGAGGCCACUUACAGGUACAGAACAACAUUUAUUAUCAUCGCCAAGGGCCUAACAGCACCCAAGACGUCGACACUCCUCAGGAGAAGUUAUCCCAGCUGGUCAUUGAUGACUACGAAUCUCCGGCCGCCCUGUCGCGCGUGCACUCGGACGGGCAGGCUGAUGGCGACGAUUUUUUUACUGCUGGUGUGCAACUCGAGGAUUCAAACCCAGCAUCUUCAUCGGGUGGAAAGUCGAAGUCGAAACGAAGACAUUUCUUCAAGAAGUUAUUUCCCAGGCGCCGUCACGGGGAAGCGGCUGCAUCUCAGGGAGCAUCGUAAACGGCAGUAUGAGUGUGCUUUGACGAGGAGAAGGUGAACGG